AUGUCAACUCAACCUGAAAAGAAAGAAAAGAAAAAAACAAUACUUGGCGUGUUGCAGGGUGGUAUGAUGAAUCGAAUGAGACAAAAUAUGUGGCUUUAUCACUUAGUCUUUAUAAAUCGUACAACAACAGAACGUACAUUAAUAAAAGUAAACAAUAUUAUUACUAAUUCAAAAUUAUUUACUCUUGAUACCGAAUCUACUUCCAUUCUACAUCAACCAAAUAAAUCAAGUCUUAUACAAAUUCAAAUCAUACAAUCUGAAUAUUCUUCAAUCAUAUUAAUUGUGGAAGUAUGUCAUUUACCCUCUCCUGAUCAACCACCAUUUACAUUAAUUAAAAUUUUAUUUGAUUUAUUAUUUCAACCUGAUAAAAAAAUAUACAUUUGGGGAGAGAUCGAUGAAUUAAUUAAAUUUACUAGAUAUCAAUUAUUUACAUCAAAUCAAAUUUACUUAUCUAGAAAUAUUAAUGUACAAACAAAAUUUAAAAAUUAUUGGUCUGAUACUUAUCUUCAUCAAUCAGCAUCAUCAUCAAAUGAUGCUGUAGCUUUUGAAUUGCACCGAUGGAUUGAUAAACGACUUACACGUCAACCAUUUGAUAUCGGACUUGAUCCAAGUUUACAACAUUUAAAUGAUAAACAAAUGGAAUAUAGACAAUCAUUAUGUAAUUAUGCAGCAAAUGAUUGUGAUGCUAUAUAUCAAUUAAUUAUCAAUACCAAUAUUAUCAACGAACAAGAUCCAGAUAAUACUACUUCAUCAAUUACACCAACAAAUUAUGAACUUGAAAUAACAACCGAUGAUAAUGAUCAAAUAAAUAAUCAAGAAUCACCUUUACCAUCAAUUAAUACAUCAACAAAUGAACCUGAACAUAAACAAUUAUCUCAAGAAGAAAAAAAGAAAAUCCACAAUAGAAGUUGCACGAUUAAGCAACGUCGUCGAUAUUAUCAACAUGAAAUCAUCAUCAAGAAUAUUGACAAAAGAUUUAAAAUAAGAGAAAUCAAAGAUAUUCUCAAACUCAAGAAUAUCUCAUUCUUCGCCGUCAACAUUUCCAUCUCAUCAACUACAAACAAACGCAAAUUAUAUAUUGGAAUACGUGAUCCAUCUAAAUUAUCAUCAUAUAAAAUUCAAACAGAAGGUUUAUUUACUAGAAAUCAUUACGAAGCAUUUCGACGAGAAAAAUAA